AAGCAAUUAAAGCAAAACACUCAUAGAAACGUAACAGCUGUCUGAAUAUCUCUCUCUUGUAAUGGCUUUCUCAAAAUCCCUAGGGUUUAUUCUUCUCGCCGCUUUUUUCGUUUCCUUCACCGUGGCUCAGUCUCCGGCUCCAGCACCAUCUAACGGCGGAGGAAGGAGGAUCUCACCGGCGCAUUCACCUAAGAAGGCCUUGUCUCCUGCAUCGGCUGUUUCUCCUUCUCCUCAAACAGCAUUGACUCCAGGACCAUCCGCCUCUCCUCCAUCGCCGCCUUCGGUGGAUUCGCCUUUAGCUGAUUCUCCUUCAGAUUUGCCGGCUGUUUCUCCCUCUUCGAUCUCCAACUCGCCGGCUCAAGCUCCCGCUCCUGUAAGCGGCGCCGUUUCGAACAGCUACGCGGUGUUUGGAUCCGUCGCUGUUAUGUUAUCCGCCGUCGUUUUGGCUAUGUAGGUUCGAGGAAUGAGACUUAUUAGAUUUUUAGUAUUUAUUUAUUUAUGAGAUAUAUGAGCUUUUGCAGAGUGA